GCGUGAGUUAAAGUCGUAAUUAUCUCCCUUGAACCUUCUGAAGAUGGCGGCCUCCAUGGUGCGAGGUCGGCUUUGCAGGUGCUUGUUGCGGCGAACGAAACACUUGGAGCCAGGGUUCCCUCACACCUCGGUCCGGAAUGCAUCCUACUAUGUCUUAUUGCCAGAAAUACCUCCAGACACAGCUGAAACCAAUGCUGUCAUGCGAUUUAAAGAACUCCCCAAAUUUGGUUCCAUAACGCCAAAGGAUGUCGUGUUGGGUGCUGCUAAACUUGCCAUUGAAUUUGAAACUAAUUUAGGCAACCAUCUCGAACAGUUAAAAGAUCCUCAGAUGGAGAAGACAUUUGAGAAUGUUUUCAAUCCUAUUGAGGAAAUCUCAGUUCCAUUAAACUAUGCUUGGCGCCUUGCGAAACAUCUCAGCUACAUAAAAGGGAAUGAAAAAUUCAGGGAGUCUUUCCAGAGAAUUCAUUCACAAGUGGAUCAAGCUAAGAACGAGAGGUGGAUAAGUGAACCGUUGUAUAAUGCAGUAAAGGAAGUGAAUGCUGACCGAUCUAAAUUGGAUACCUACCAGCAGCAGUUACUUAAUCUUUAUCUAUUAGAAGGCCACUUAAAUGGCAUUGAGAUCAGUGGGUCCAGCCGGAAAAAGUUUAUUGAUAUCUUACGCAAACUAACACGUGAAAGAAAUACAUUUAGGAGCAAAGUGAUGGUGUGUCAGAAUAUGUUUUCUCAGUGGGUCACUGAUUACUCUUUUGUCAAAAAUAUGUCCCCUGCUAUAAUAUCCAUGAUGGCUGCUGACAAACAACAACCCAAAGUCGGACCAUGGCAAGUCACACUUCAGAGUCAGGUAUACCAAGCAUUCCUGGAGCACUGCCACAACCGGACACUUCGUUGGAAUGUAUGGCAAGCAUACAAUAGCCGUGCAGGACCAAAGCAUCAGGAACGAGAUCUUGCGAACCACAAAAUUAUUCAUGAAAUAAGGCUUCUUCGACAGGACAUUGCUGACAUUUUAGGGUAUAAUAGCUUUGCUCAUAUGUCUAUGGAGACCAAAAUGGCAGGAUCUGUAGAGAAUGUGCUCACUAUGUUAGAAACAUAUAAAAAUCAUUUUAAACCUAUUGCUAAAGAAGAAUUAGAAGAGUUGCAGGAUUUUGCUGUUUCUGAAGGCUUUCCCCAUGAGUUACAGUGUUGGGAUGUUCCUUACUGGAGAAGGAUACACAAAAACCAGUAUUAUGGCAUCAAUGAAAGCCAGAUAGCUCAAUAUUUCCCAUUGUCUCAUGUUUUGAAUUCUCUCUUCAAGUUUUGUGAAAAACUUUUUGGAAUUACAAUCAAGGAUGAAUCUGAUCAAAAUGACAAUUCACUGCCAGAUGUGAAACUGUUUGGUGUUUAUGAUGAAAAAGGUGAAUACAGAGCAUCUUUCUUUUUCGACCCCUAUGCCCAUCAAGGUAAAAUGAGUGGAACAUGGAUGGAAAUUGGUCGAGAGCGAAGUGAUUUACAUGGCGUGAAACCAUUUUCUUAUUUGGUGCUAAACCUUCACAAACCACUUGUGCCCAGUAUACCAACUCUUAUGACACUUCAGGAAGUCCAUAUGUUGUUCUCAGAGUUUGGUCACGGUCUACAACAAAUGCUAACUACAGUUCCAUACAGUGAGAUAGCAGGUCAAAGAAAUGUGGAAUGGGAUGCACUUCAUGUCUGCUCCAGUUUCAUGACCAUGUGGCUAUCUGAUGCACGUACCCUGAAAAGUUUAACAUCUCACUAUCAGACAGGUGAACCCAUGCCCGAUGAAAUGGUGGACACACUUCUUAAAGGUCAGAAACACAUGAUCGGAUUUGAUAUGAUGCGACAGCUCUACCUGAGUGCAUUAGACAUGGAAUUAUAUAUCAGCAAAGAACACUGGCAUGAAGUAAUGAAUCGCAUCUGGGAUGACUACAUGUUACUACCUCUCAGUGAAGACGAUGCCCAUCCUUGCUCUUUCACCCAUAUUUUCUCUGAUCAACAUCCAGCCGCUUAUUACUCUCAUAAGUGGUCUGAAAUGAUAGCAGCUGACAUCUUCGCUGCUUUUGAAGAAGUUGGUCUGGAACAGACAGAGCUUGUAUCAGCCAUUGGAAGACGAUUUCGCGACACAUUUCUUGCCCUGGGUGGCUCAAUGUCAGCCAACAAGAUUUUCAGAAUGUUCCGUGGACGAGAUCCAUCUCCAGAUGUCAUCAAGAGAAUAUGGAAAUAGUGUCAACAAGUAGAUAUUUUAGAUUCAUAAUUAUUAACUUCAUUUGAGUGAACUCUUUUGUAAAUACCAAAAAUACCAGAUUGCCAUUACAGACCUCAGAUCAGAAACUUUGUCUGCAAAGACAUCUACCAUAUUUCAUAAAAAGAAAGAAAAAAAAUUGUGUGUAAAAUACACACAGAACUGUAUUAGAGAAAUGCAUAUAAUAUAUGCAUUCUUUUUGAGAAUAGGGGCCACUCAUAAAGCUAUAAAUAAUAGCUUGUAAUACCAAGUUGAAAAUCCCUUUUGGAAAAAAUAGUAUCUUUUUUGCUAUCCAAACAGGAUUUUCAACCCAUUAUUUACACGUUCUUAUUCUUACCUUAAUGUAGCCCUUGAGAGGCCCUAUUCCAAAAAAGAAUUAUUUCAGGUUUUCUUGGAAGUUUAUAUAUGCCAUUACAUAUAUGUAAUGGUACAAAGCCAUAAAUUUAGGAUAAAGCUUAGAUACAUAAUUGAUUAAUGUUGAGCAAACAGUACAUGCCAAAAAAAACCCAACUUUAGCAGGAUUCCUUCUCAAAAAUGACCAAAUCUCCUAAUGACUGUUCUAUAUCUAGUUUUUCAUCCCAAUUUGAUUAUAUUAAAUAUUCCAUGGUUUGUCUUAUUCAGUUAAGUAUUGGAUAUCAGUCAUUUAUUAGAAUGUAAUGACUAAUGAAGUGAAAAAGCAAAAUAUGACCUGUGCCAAAUUUAGGUAGGAAGGCUACAAGGAACUAAAAAAA